AUGUGGCAAAAUUGGAGACAUCGAGCGGCCGCAUUUGUCGGUGUUUCAGCUCUCGGAGUUUAUGCAAUUGAUGCAACAAAUGAGCGAAGAAUAAAAGGAAUAUAUAUAAAACGAAAAGUUACACUGAUUAAUGAAAAAACUCAUGUGGCAUUGCCGAAAAGAUCGGAUAUGUUGGCACGGCUUAAAGAUCAAGAAUACGAUGUUUUGGUGAUUGGCGGUGGAGCGACUGGAGCUGGACUUGCACUUGAUGCAACAACACGUGGAUUGAAAGCGGGAUUAGUUGAAUAUGGUGAUUUUGGAUCUGCAACAUCUUCGAAAUCAACAAAGCUUCUUCAUGGUGGAGUGAAGUAUUUUGAAAAAGCAUUGUUGCAAGGAGAUCUCGAGCAAUAUCGAAUUGUUAAACGAGGACUUGAAGAAAGAACUACAGUAAUGAGAAUUGCUCCACAUCUCACGAACGAUUUUCAGAUGUUUGUUCCAGCUUAUGAGUAAGUAGAAUCAUUAUUUGGAUUUUCAAGUCUUCUGGAUAUAAUUAUUGAUUUUGCAGGUGGUGGCAACUUCCAUAUUUUUGGGGAGGCGCUAAAUCGUAUGAUUUCUUCUCUGGAAACACCACCCUUCGCCCAUCUCGAUUUGUUUCGAGAAAUGAGGCAAAAAAGAUCUGCCCAAUGAUCAAAACAGAUGGAUUGAAAGGUGCAUUUGUAUACUACGAUGGGCAGCAGAAUGAUGCGCGGCUUGUUCUAGCAAACAUUCUCACAGCAGUUCGACAUGGCGCAGAUUGUGUAAAUUAUACAGAAGUUAUUGGAUUUUUGAAAAAUGAUGUUGGACAAGUAAAUGGUGUGAUUGUUCGAGAUAAGCAAACUCUAGAAACUUAUCAUAUUCGUGCAAAAGUUGUUAUAAAUGCUACAGGCCCAUUUACUGAUACAAUUCGGAAAAUGGAUGAUAAGGAGUGCAAGAAAAUGAUUGUCAAUAGUUCUGGAAUUCAUUUCACACUUCCAAAGCAUUACUGGUAAAGGGAGAGGGUUACUGUAGGUUUUCCUUAUUUUGGUAAUUUUUCAGUCCAUCUCCUAACCCAGCAAUCGCAAACACUGGUGCAAAAGAAUCUUAUGUCCUUCUGAUUCCUUGGGAAAAUCGAGCUAUUGUUGGAUUGACUGAUCAUAAAGCUGAUCUAACUUUCCAUCCAAAAGCAGAAGAUAAAGCCGUUGAUAUUGUUCUUGAGGUAUUUAUUUAUUUAUUUUAAAAUAUGUUUCCCCUGCCUACAAAAAUGUUUAUUUCAGGAGAUGAAUAAUAUUUUGAACAAGAAUAAUCAGAUUCGAAAAGAGGAUAUAAUUAGUGUUUGGUCUGGAAUUCGUGCUCUUGUAUUAGAUCCAACUAAAACUGAUACCAAAACACUUGCUAGAAAUCAUGUGAUUGAAGUUGCUCCUUCUGGAUUGGUUACAAUUGCCGGAGGAAAAAUCACAACUUAUAGACAAAUUGCUGAAGAAACAUUGGAUAAAGCGCUGGAAGUUGGACCAAUUCAAACGGAAAAUGAUUGUAUUACAAAAAGACUAGCACUUGAAGGUUCGCAUGAUUGGCAUCCAACGUUUUAUCGGAAUUUGAUUGAGAAAUAUGGAAUUGCUGAAGACACUGCGAUUCAUCUUGCAAAAACAAUUGAGAUCGAUCGGAAGAAGUUAUUGGAUUGUGUCAAACAAGUGGAGAUAAACAUAAUCCGAUUGGAAGACGACUUCAUCCAAAAUUUCCAAUCAUCGAAGGUGAAGUUAGAUAUGCAGUUCGAGAAUAUGCACAAGAACCUGCUGAUUUUCUUGCGAGACGUACACGUUUGUCAUUUUUAGACACUGAAGCUUCAAUUCAGGCUCUUCCGAAAAUUGUUGCAAUUAUGGCUGAAGAAUUGGGAUGGUCUCCAGUUGAACAAAAAAAGAUGUAUGAAAAGACUUUAGAAUUUUUGAAUAUUGAGAUGGGAUCAGAUUAUAAUGGAAAGAUCAAGAGGGAGGUGAAAUUGACAAAGUAAGUGUUGAUGAGUAGGAUUAUGACGUGGAGAUUUCAAAAAUGUAUAUUUCAGGAAAGAAUCGGAUGAAAUAAAUCGCCGUUUCAAAUUACUUGAUUCCCGUCAGAAAGGCUACAUCAGUAAAGUAGACCUAGGAAAUUACUUGAAAACCAAAGGCAUCAAAGUUGAUGAGAAUAUUUUGUAUGAUGUGGUAUCGGAAGCAUCGGAAAUUGAUGGAUAUUUGACAAUCCAGCAAUUCGAGAAGGUCUCUUUGAAAUUCCCAAUACCUCAUAUUUAUAUUCUAUUUUUCCAGAUUUAUUUGAAUGCGAAAUCUGGAAAAAGCACUGGCCGCAGACUUGUUGAUUAUGUCAAUAGAACAGAAGGUCCAUUAAAAAUCGAAUGA